AUGACAGUAGCCCAGACAUACUCGCCGGUCUCUGAUGAAAAGGUGCAGAGCAUACUAAGACUGAUUCAGAGUGCCACAAGGUCAAGGAACAUCAAGAAGGGCAUAAACGAAUCAACGAAGUGCCUCAGUAAGGGGAUUGCCCUCCUUGUUGUCAUAGCAUGCGAUGUAGAGCCACAGGAGAUAACGGCACUUCUGCCCAUAAUAUGCGAGGAUAAGGGGGUUUCCUUUGUCCACGUCCCCUCCAAAGACGCUCUGGGGGUGGCAUGUGGCAUCGAUAGGCCAAUUGCUGCAUGCACAAUCUACUAUCUAAAGGGGGCAGAGCCCUUGCGCUUGGAAGAGAAGAUCAAGGAGGCUCUCAGGUAA